GAGAGUGUACCGGAACUAUUCGUACAAGACGAGGGGAGCUGGAAAGGAUUCAGACUUGAAGAUGAAUACAAUGAAGAGUUCUGUGAAGGUACUUCUGAAGGAGUUAGGGAAGAUUCUGAUGCCAGUGGGGAUAUCCUAGAACAGCAUGCAGUCCACGGCAUCAAAAGAACCAUGAGCUACCCGGAUCGAGUUCGGAUACUCAACUUGCGCCGGAACUUGAACCAGCUUGACAGCCUUGCCAAAGAAAAGAAUAUAAUCUUUCGAAAAACCAGGGAAGAACUAAAUGCCUGCCAGUUACGGAUUGAGACCCUGACGAUGCAACAAAAGGACAUUGAGAAAGAGAUUGAGAGAGGGAAGGCAGCUGGAAAUAGUGCCGCCGUGUUCCGCCUACAGGCAACGCAGAGGCGCUUGUGUGGUGAACUGGGAAAUGAAAAGGACCUGGAGUCAAACAUUGCUGCAAUGCUGAAUGAAAAUGUUGUUUCAAUGGAGCCCUACCAGACGGCCACAAUUUGACCUGCUUCUCAUUCCAAAAUGGAGGGAAAGGAUGGACUAACU